AUGUUAGAUCUUAAUGAGACUCCUCCAGAAGAAAUGCAAGGUGGAGCUUCUGAAAGAUAUUCAAGAAGCAGAAAUCAACCAGACGCUGAAUAUAUUUGGACCAAUUUAUCAGAAGAGCAGAAGCUUGUUGCAUCAAACAGUUUCAAUGUUUAUUGCCAGCCUUUAGUAAUCUACAACGAAAUCCAGUCUCGCCCAAGAUUCCUUCAGAGAUGCUUGUACCACAACAGAAAGGCUAAGCACAAGAAGAGGAUUCUAAUGACAGUUUUGCUGUCGUGGAAAGUAGAAGAAGUUCAAUCUCUUUUUCCCAUGUGUAUCUGUCUGGGAAGGCUGUUGGAUCCAAACGAGGAACACACAGGGGAAGAAAAGUAUGAUGUUCGUCGGAUAUUCACAUUUGAAGGUCCAACUGGAAUUGAUUGGAAUGGAAUUAAUCAUGUCCGAGUAAACUUUAUGCUUCCUCAUAUCGAAAAGUUAGCUGUGGAAACUAAUUAUGACAAAUAUUUUCUCUUCAUUCUCGCUUCUGCGAAAAACCCAAUUUCAUUGUCUACAGUCAAUGCAAGCACGUUGACUUCGGAGGUGGCUUCUAAUGAAUCAUCUGGUGGAGAGAAAUGCUUUUAUGGAAAAGUGUCUCUGAAAUUUCUUUACAAGAUUUUGAAUAUAUCUCCAGAUUCUCCUUUGCAAUAUCGAACUGAGAUUCAAUUUAGCACUGAACUUCGUUCUUGUAAUUUGAAGUAUUGGUUGAAACAUUAUACUCGAACAACAAGCAGCACCAUCUCUAUUAAAGAUUCUAAUGAUUCAGAGGGUAUAUCAAAGAAACUUGAAAUCUCAGCUGGUUUUGAAGAAUUUGGAGCAGCUAUGGAAGCAGCUUCUGGUAGGACACAGGAAAGGAGAGAAGAGUCAUCUUUGUCUUCUUUCUUACUUCAUUUCACUUGGUCACCAGGAAUUGUCUCAUUUUAUUACAGGUAUUACCAUAACAUGUUGCACAGACUCGAAGUUACUGAGAAUUUCACCUGUGCAAUCUGUUUGGUACAAUGUAUAAACUAUAAGAGCUUAAAAAUCCACCUAAGGUUAUCACACCCGAUAUUUAGGUUUGAAUUUUCGGAAUCAGAGGAAUUUCUAUCGGUAUAUGUGUCUGUGAAGAACGAAAACUGGUGGCGAGAGUUGAUUGAUCCAAAAGUUGAUACUUUUAUGUACUGGUAA